CCGCGUGAAAUGACACGGGUGGUACCGAAAUAAUGUUCCAGCGUGGAGUGUCGGUGGCCACACUUCACCCAGCCACCAUGAGGACAAGAGAGUUCACUUGGCCAGAGAGUAAGGAGAAGACAGGGAACUCAUCAAAACAUUGAGCGGGACAGUUCACCACCGCUCACUCGGCCAGAUGCACGGAGAGGUCAGUUAACCGCAGCUCACUCAGUCAAACGCAAAGCAACCUCAGGACUUGAUUUCUGGAUAAGAAAAGAAUUCAGAGCCAAGACCCAAACUCGCUAGAGAAAAUUUAUUUGAGCAAACAAAGAGUGGGGGUCUACCACAUCUACCACAUGACAACCACACGCUGGAGGAGAAAAGACUGGUAUAGGGGAUACCUCCUAAAGCACAAAAUGUUACAGGGCAUUUUUCCUAAGUCCUUUAUCCACAUCAAGGAAGUGACCAUUGAAAAAAGAAGAAAUAUUGAGAACAUCAUUCCUGCAGAAAUUCCUCUGGCACAAGAAGUGACAACGACGCUUUGGGAAUGGGGCAGCAUCUGGAAACAGCUCUACGUGGCCAGCAAAAAGGAGCGCUUCCUCCAGGUGCAGGCCAUGAUGUACGACCUGAUGGAGUGGCGGUCCCAGCUCCUCUCAGGAACGCUGCCCAAGGACGAGCUGAAGGAACUGAAGCAGAAAGUCACGUCCAAAAUCGACUACGGCAACAAAAAAAUGCAUACAGUGGGGGCUUCUUCCCUCACCUUCAUCUUGGGUUCACUUUCUUGAACAGAAGAGAGCACUGGGGCCACCUCCUAACAGAAAAUGUCAAAAUGGUCAGUUCUCCAAAACAAAUCGUCUGCUGUCCUGUGAGGGGCAGCCCUUCUGAUCCUGAG